GCUCGCUCCAGUGCCCGACAGCCCCGGCAAUCGACCGCCAGCCACUCGGCUCAGCUCCACUCCCGAGCCGACCGCCAGCCAUGCCGAGCGCGAGCACGACCCAGUCGAGCGAGCAGCGCACCCGGCUCCUCGAGCACCUCGUCCACCAGCACUUUGGCUCGGCCGUCGGCGAGGUCGCGAGCAUCCUCCUCGCCCGCGGCGCCCUCUCGUUCCCGCAACUCGCCAAGCUCACCGCCCUCCCGCCCGCCCUCGUCCACGCCUCGCUCCUCGUCCUGUCGACCCACACCCUCCUGUUCCACUCGGACACCGAGGUCAACGGCCGCCUCACCGAGCUGUACGAGCUCAACCACGAGGGGAUCGAGCGCAGGCUGCGCGGAGGCCUGUACGUCGAGAUGGCGAGCGAGUGGGACGGCGGUGCCCAGCUCGCGCCCGUGUGCGACAUCCUCUGGCGCGAGGGCAUCCUCGUCAAGGAGGACCUCGUCCACGUCGUCCAGGAGGAGCUCCUCAAGGCCCGCGACGACCACGAUGCCCUCGCGUUUGCCGACGACCCCAAGGGCAAGAAGCGCUCCCGCGCCCUCGACCAAGUCGCAGACACGGCCGACAAGCUCGUCCGCAAGGCGUUCGCCCAGGGCUACCUCAACGUCGUCACGCCCGGCUCGCAGCUGUCGCCCUCGUCGCUCGAGAUCAAGUGGGAGGAGGAGCUUCGUGCGACCAUCAAGGGCAUCCCGUCGGCCAAGGACCUGGCUAACGUCAAGAGGCAGCUGCGCGAGAAGCAGGAGGAGUGGGACGAGGAGGAGCGCGAGCGUGCGCGGGGCAAGGGCAUGGACGCGGUCGUCGCAGAAGAGUCGGACGACGAGCCCAAGCGCAAGAAGCGCAAGAAGAAGAAGACGACGCAGCCCGACACCGACUCGGAGAACGACGACACGCUCGACUUGCGCAAGGUCGAUCCGCCUUUGCCGGACGGCGCGUUUUUCAAAAUCAACGAGGAGCGCUUCCACAUCCGGUGGCGCGCCCAGCUGCUCCGGUCGUACGCGCAGGACCUGUACAACUCGCACGUCGCGGCCGUCCUCGGCGUCAUCCUCGACCUCGUCAGCUCCGAGACGCAGCUCAUGAGCGAGGGCAUCUCGCGCGCCGUCUCCUUGCACGAGAUCAACACGCGCUUUGACCGGCUCCCGGCGCACCUCAAGCCGGCCCUGUCGCAGACGUUCGCCAAGCACAAGGACGACGGCGCGUGGCCGCCCAAGCGCGACCGCACGUCCGACUACAUCCUCGCCAUCUGCGAGGUCCUGUCGGGCCAGGACCAGUGGGGCAUGACGACGCGCGAGAUGUUCCUCCUGCAGCAGGGCGAGGGCUCGCACGCCAAGUGGGCCGUCAACUGGACCCAGCUCGGGCGCGCCAUGAAGCGCUCGCUCGUCGAGGCCGUCAUCCGCGACAAGCUCGGCGACAGCGCCAUCCGGUGCUGGAGGAUCAUGGAGGCCAAGGGCAAGCUCGACGAGAAGCACGUCGCCCGUCUCGCCUUCCUCUCGGUCAAGGAGGCGCGCGAGGUCCUCGGCCGCCUCUCGGCCGCGCAGCUCAUCGAGCCGCAGGAGGUUCCGCGCACGGCCGACCGCGCCCCGUCGCGCACCCUGUACCUGUGGUUCGUCGACUUCAACAAGGUCGUCACGUCGCUCAUCGGGCACCACUACAAGGCGCUCGCCAACGUGCAGGCGCAGCGGCAGCACCAGCUCGAGCUCCGCCGCGGCCUCGUCGACAAGAUGGAGCGCACCGACGUGCGCAAGGACGACUCGCUGUUGACCAAGCGGGACCAGGAGGGCAUCGUCGAGCUCGAGCAGACGCUCGAGGCCCUCGCCGUUGCCGAGCAGCGCCUCGACGAGCAGCUCUUUGUCCUGCGCGAGUUCGACCCGGACCCUGCCGCCGUUUAGCUUUUGCCUCUCGCGCGUGCAACGACGCUUCCUCGUCGACUCUCUC